AUGAUCUGCAAGCUGCUCCUCUCCUGCGCUCUGCUUCUGACCGCGGCGGAGCCUCUGCUGGCACACCCCCUCACACACUCGUCUGAGAGAACGUACGCUGGACCAGUGUCAGUGGAAGAGGAUCAGAUAAUUAGCCCAGAUGAGUUUUCUCUGUCUGACCAGGAAUAUCUGUCGAAGGGCUCAGCAGGUUAUGGCUACCCUUCUAUCCUGACUGGAGAUAUCAGAGGAGAAGGUCUCAGAACACCUGCCAUUCUCUCCAGCCAGCCAGUGAAGGAGGUUAUCUUGAAAAAACCACUGCUAAACCCUUUGAGCCACUAUCUGGGAAGCAGGAAGCAGUACAGAAAACGAGGCAGCACUACAGAGUGUUUUUGGAAGUACUGUGUCUGA